AUGGUGAAAGCCAAUUUCGAGGACUUGUGUGUGGAGGAUAAGAUGCUAGUGUUCUUCAAGAGGCUGCUAAAUGAGUGGAACCAGGAAUUGGAUGAGAUGCCCGAUGCCGCGCAAGAAGCGGACGGCCAAGGGGAAAAGUCCAUGGUGACCACGUUUAAGCAGUGUGCUCGGUAUCUGAAUCCCUUUUUCAAGUUUUGCAGGAAGAAGGUUCUCCCGGAUGAUAUUCGCCAAGCGUUGCUGGUGGUGGUUGAAUGCUGCAUGAAGCGAGACUACUUAGCUGCAAUGGACCAAUAUAUCAAGAUGGCCAUUGGAAAUGCACCCUGGCCUAUUGGUGUCACCAUGGUUGGUAUCCAUGAACGGUCUGCCCGUGAGAAGAUUUACACCAAUAGUGUUGCCCACAUCAUGAAUGAUGAGACCACUCGUAAAUACUUGCAAUCAGUCAAGAGAUUAAUGACCUUUUGCCAACGAAGGUACCCUGCAAUGCCCUCCAAAGCCGUUGAGUUCAACAGCCUGGCAAAUGGUAGUGACUUGCAAUCUCUGCUAGCGGAAGAGAGGGUUUCUGGGGGUAAUGAAGCCUUUGAGGAGAGGCUUCGGAUAAUGCCUGCCCCGAAGGAGGGCUACUAG